AUGGGGGGCGGAGGCCAGCAGACGGAGUCAGGCGAGCCGGCCAAGGGUGACAGGGGUGGGCUCGGUGGAGGGGGAGGAGGGCGAGGUGGCAGUGCAGUCUACACCUGGGAAGAGGUCCAGAGGCACUCCCACAGAGGCGAUCAGUGGUUGGUCAUCGACAGGAAGGUCUAUAAUAUUACCCAGUGGGUGAAGAGACACCCGGGGGGCAUCAGGGUCAUCAGUCACUUUGCUGGAGAAGAUGCCACGGUCAGUAGCCUAACUAUGGAAGUUGUUGGUGAAAUGUUCUCAAGCUAUUCCAAUAAGACUGUUGCAAAUGUUAUAAUGUUGUAGGUUUAGAAAUGUUUAGUGGUCUGUCACUGUAUGACAUAUUACACAAGAUGUUAGUGGAUUGUACAUUGCUGGAUCCUAAUAUCAUGAUAAUCUCUCAACUAAUCUCACAGUGAAUUAAUUGUUAUUUAUUUUUACUGAGAGGACAUUUGUAUGUAUUUCUCUUAAACAACACAGAUUCAUCUAUAUCUCUGAUUUCUAGGAAGCAUUUUCCGCCUUCCAUCCCGAUCCUAAUUUUGUCCGGAAGUUUCUGAAGCCGUUGCUGAUUGGAGCGCUGGCACCCACAGAGCCCAGCCAAGACCAGGGGAAAAAUGUGAGGAUGCCUAUCUUUCUCUCUCCAUCUCCCUCUACAGCACCACGCCCAUAACAUACACCGCUGUAGGCUACAUAAUGAAACAUAGAAUGUGAAGCCUAAAGCAUCUCUCCAUCUGACAUAGCACCAGGCCCACUCUAACAUACUGUAGGUUUAGGUAGGGACCCGGAGACCAAUGUGAGGCCAAUCUUUCUCUUGCUAAUAGGGAACUCCAUGCUACUCAGACAGAAUGCUGUGCAGAAUGGUACUUUCUACGACUGUGGUAAGAGCAGGUGUGAUGUGUAUGGAGAUAUUUCAAGACAAGGUUUACCUCCUACAGAUGUAGUGUGGCAUCUUCAGUUAUCUAAUAUAACUAGGGCACAUUAUACCAGCCUGUCUAUGUGCCCAGAUGCCCCGCUGCCCGCUGUCUGUUUACCUAUUCAGGAGUCUUACCUCUUAUCCUGGUACUCUUCAGCUUUCUGUUACUCCUAUUUCCUUCUUCUUCUUCUUCAUUAUUUACACUGUCCUCCUCCUCUCCUGUCCUCCUCCUCUCCUCCACUCCCUCAAUUCUCAUCUCUCUACCAUCAUCCACCUUCCUCCUGGUUCAUCUUGGCUUUAUCACAGUUUGUCUUUCUGCAAUUCCUCGCAUCCUGUCACCUCGCCUCCUCGAAUCAAUAACAGUUUAAUUGAGAUGACCCCUUACUUCAUACAUCUUUAUUUAUUAUUGAUCACCUCUACGCCAUACAGGCAGCACUGGUGCAGGACUUCCAGGCCUUGCGUGAUCGUGUGGAGAGGGAGGGACUCCUCCGUGCCCGCCCCCUGUUCUUCAGCCUCUACCUGGGCCACAUCCUGCUACUAGAGGCCCUGGCUUUGGGCCUGCUCUGGGUCUGGGGGACCAGCUGGAGCCUCACACUGCUCUGUUCCCUCAUGCUGGCCACGUCUCAGGUACCAUUACAGUAUUAUUAGGAAGCAGAAGGAGAUAUUUGACAGGCAGAUUCUAAGGUUAGGUAUAGGGAUCGAAGGUUAGGGGAUUAGGGUUAGGAUUAAGGUUAGGGUUGGUGGGGUUAGGGGAAAGGUUAAGGUUAGGAUUAAGGUUAGGGUUAGGGGAAAGGAUAGGGUUGGUGGGGUUAGGGUAAAGGUUAGGCAUAUGGUUAGGGUUAGGGGAAAGGUUAAGGUUAGGAUUAAGGAUAGGGUUGGUGGGGUUAGGGUAAAGGUUAGGCAUAGGGUUACCGAACCACCGUUCAGACACCAUUCACACUCUGCAUUUCUUUUUCCCUCUCAGUCCCAGGCUGGCUGGCUGCAGCAUGACUUCGGCCACCUGUCAGUCUUCAAGAAAUCCAGUUGGAAUCACAAACUGCACAAGUUUGUCAUUGGACAUCUAAAGGUAAGCUACUGGACAAUGGUUGGACAUCUAAAGGUAAGCUACUGGACAAUGGUUGGACAUCUAAAGGUAAGCUACUGGACAAUGGUUAGACAUUUGACAACACUGUUUCUUUAGGCUACUCUUUGGGCCAGUUUCCCGGACACAGCUUAACCCUAGUCCUGGACUGAAAACCAUUCUCAAUGAAUAAUCUCCUUUGAAAGUACAUUUUACUCCAGCACUAGGUUUAAUCUGUGUUCAGGAAACUGGCCCUUUCACUUUCCUACAUUCACAAGAGCAGUGUUACAUUUCCAACUUCACUGCUAUCCAUUAGCCUUAUUUAGUGUAGUGUCCCAACAGUUGGAAGUUACAGUAAGUGUAAUUGUGUUUACCAGUGAUACGUAACAGUAGCUGUGUGUUUCCAGGGUGCCUCUGCCAACUGGUGGAACCAUCGUCACUUCCAGCACCACGCUAAACCCAACGUGUUUAGUAAAGAUCCUGAUAUCAACUCACUGCAUGUCUUCGUCCUGGGAGACAAACAGCCUGUUGAGGUAGUUAUCACUAUAAUGGAUCUGUGAAUGUGAUCCCUGCGGGAACUGAACCCGCAACCUUAGUGCUUUAUGACCCAUCUGACUCCAUGUUAUAUUUGAAUAAUAAUGUAUGAAUUCAUGUAAUAAUAUGAAUGUAAUAGUUAAUUAAAUUAAUGUAAUAUUCAUGAAAUAACCAUGUAACGGUUUGGCUCAGUAGUGUUGAAACGGUAUUAGUGCUUCUGUGUAAGAUCCAUCUGACUCCUUGUCUCUGUCUAUUGCAGUAUGGUAUAAAGAAGUUGAAGUACAUGCCUUACCAUCACCAACACAAGUACUUCUUCCUCAGUAAGUUUCAUGAAUUUCUGUAUAGCAUCACAUCAAUUAUAGCAUCACAUCAACUUCCAUUGAACACAUAAAAUCAAUAGAUAGACGGCUGAUGUAUGUAUGUAUGUAUGUAUGUAUGUAUGUAUGUAUGUAUGUAUGUAAUACCUAUGUAGUAUUUUCCUUCUGUCUCUCAGUUGGACCUCCACUAAUUAUUCCAGUGUUUUUCAACAUCCAGAUAUUUCGGACCAUGUUUUCACAACGGGACUGGGUGGUGAGAUUUCAUACCAACUAAACGUAUACUUAAUCCUCUUCAUUCCUAUGUGGAACAUAAAGCUUCCACGAGAGAGAGAGAGAGAGACACACCUGUAAUUAUAUGAUUAUGCUAACACCUGGAGGUGAUAAUGUCUGUCCAUAAUACCAAUCUUUGUCUCCUGUGAAGGAUCUGGCGUGGUCGAUGACUUUCUACCUCCGCUUCUUCUGCUGUUACUACCCCUUCUUUGGUCUCUUUGGCUCAGUAGCCUUGAUCAGCUUCGUCAGGUAAAGUAUGAACUGAGAGGGAGCUGAAAGAUUCAUUCAUUCAUUCGCUGGUUCGCUCACUCACUCACUGAUUCAUUCAUUAAUUGUAUUCAAACUAUCUACAGUAUAGAAAACAACACAAUGAUGUGCUUGAUGUAAGAAUUGAACAUAGUAUUGUGGCUGAAUAUUGUACUGUAUAUAGGUUUUUGGAAAGCCACUGGUUUGUUUGGGUGACCCAGAUGAAUCAUCUUCCUAUGGAGAUGGAUCACGAGAGACGCCAGGACUGGCUCACCAUGCAGGUAACGUGUCAUUAAUAUUCACAAAGCGUCUUGGAGAAGGAGUGCUGGUCUAGGAAUAGGUCCCCCCUGUCCUUACAAUCCUAUUCAUCAUUAUCUUAAAAGGCUAAACUGGUCCUAGAUCAGCACUUCUACUCUUGACGCUUUGUGAAUACAGGUCCUGGUGUGUUUUCUGGGGCUGUGCUAUCCGUAGUUCUCCAGUAGAGGGUGCUAUAAUGUGUUUCUGUCUCCUGUCUCAGUUGAGUGCUACUUGCAACAUUGAACAGUCACCUUUCAACGACUGGUUCAGUGGACACCUCAACUUUCAGAUUGAACACCAGUAAGUGAAACAAAUAUCACACUUUACUGUUGUCUGUGUCAACAGCAUAUAUUGUAUUUAUAAGGUCAUUGACAUAAUAAAGUAGGUAAUAGUUUAAGCAGUUUGCAGCUUCAUUUGAUCUUAAAUAUAACUUAACAGUUGUUUUGUACUAAUUACUGUAUCUCGUAAUAGUGUUUAGAUACAAUAUCGAUACAAUCCUACUCAGAAACGGAGGUUUCUCUGAGAAACUGAUAGCGUCUGCUCUCUCUCUCUCCCUCCCUCUCUCACCUUCCUCCACCCCUCUCUCUGUCUCUCCCUCCCUCCCUCUCCCUCCCUCUCUCACCUUCCUACACCCCUCUCUCUCUCUCUCUCUCCCUCUCUCUCUGUCUCUCCCUCCCUCUCUCACCUUCCUCCACCCCCCUCUCUCUCUCUCUCUCUCUCCCUCCCUCUCCCUCCCUCUCUCACCUUCCUCCACCCCACUCUCUGUCUCUCCCUCCCUCUCUCUCCCUCCCUCUCUCACCUUCCUCCACCCCUCUCUCUCUGCCUGCCUCUUUCUUUCUCUCUCUCUCUCUCUCUCUCUCUGUCUGUCUCCCUCACCCCCCCCCCCCUCUCCCUCCCAGUCUGUUUCCUACCAUGCCCCGUCAUAACUACCACCUGGUGGCUCCUCUGGUGCGUGCUUUGUGUGAGAAACAUGGAAUUCCCUAUGAGGUCAAGAGUUUGCAGAAAGGCAUCACUGAUGUUGUCAGGUAAGUGGUAACCUCACAUAUACCACUACUUAUCCAGGGGUAUGCAGUAGUUUUAAUGAAUACUUUUAAGCGCUAUCCUCUGGGAAUACAUUGUACAUCAUAAGGUGAUACCUGCUGCUCUCAGGCUCCUAUGUGAUUUACCUGGUUUGUUAUCCACCUCUGUUCCUCCCCAGGUCACUGAAGAAGUCAGGCGAUCUGUGGCUGGAUGCAUAUCUUCAUAAAUAA